AUGAGAGCUCAACGGAUCCAGCAGUUUCUGAGCCCCUUCCUCCACAAGGCCCCCGUCGCGCCGACGUGCCAGGCCAGAUGGCUUCAUAAGACGAGAGAAAUUCCCCCCGUUCCGUCACCGAUACCCCUCGUUCCCGAUGUCCCGACUCUCCUCAAGGUUCUCGGCCGCGGCCUGAGCCAGCACGUCGACAAGUUCCCGACAUGGGAAUCUCUCUUCACCCUCUCCUCGACACAACUCAGAGAGCUCGGCUUGGAACCGCCACGGACGCGACGCUACCUCCUCACUUGGCUCGAUCGAUACAGGAAGGGCGCAUUCGGUGCCGGCGGCGACUUCAAGCACGUGGAGAACGGAGAGGCUUUCCUCAAGGUCGUGCGCGACCCCAAGACAGACAAGAAGUUGGUCGUCAAUGUGCCGGCGGGCACCGACGUGAGCAACGCCGCUAUCGAAAAGCUCACGAGACCGUCAGGAUACACGGUUCGCGGCUCACACACGAUCUCUGGUCCCAGCGCACUGCCCCUGAAGGCCGGCGCGGGUGCAAAGGUUGUCGUGUCCGAGGGCAUGUGGGAGCACAAGCAGGGUCACAAGGUCGAUGGAGGUGAGCGCAGAAGGGCAGAGACUCGCUUCAGGAAGCGGAUUGCCGCGCGCAAGGCCGAGAGGGAAGCUCAGGGUCUACGAUAA